UUCAAACCUUUCACUGUUUCAUGUUCCUAGACACAUAUUGAUACUAGUUGGGAUGGCACAACAUAAUAACAAUUCUGAUAAAAUUACUUUCAAAGUGAAGCAUUUGAAUGAAUAUCAUGACAUAGUCAUUGAUUGUUCUAAGGAUAGAUGUCGAUAUCCAAACAUGUACCAACAAGUAUUUGAACAGCUUGAGUCGAUAACUGGAGUACCAACUAGAUACACAAGUAGUGUUUAUAUACCAUGGCCCGACGAAGUUAACUUGCCCCGUACCUUUUCAGUUGGCUUCUUCAACCACAAAGCGUACACUCCUGAUUUGUUACCGAAUUUCCCCAACUAUUCACGCGAUGAUUAUCGGGAAGAUGAUACCCGACCGCGAAAAAUUCGUGAUGGCGAGCGUUAUCACCUCCAAUAUUAUGCUGAGUAUGCUUAUAGAGUUUCCAAACGUAUAAGUUUGGGGUAUUUUUUAGUAGCUGAAAGAUACGUUACUGAAGGAGCCUGCAGUCAAGAUUUCUGUCAACAUCAAUGCACUGAAAGUCACUUUAAAAGGUUGAAAGAUCUCGUUAGUAAUGAUGAAUUGAAUGAGAAAAUUACUCAGCUUGUCGAGCCAUUAAUGAAUGAACGUCGUCAAUUAAUACGUGAGAGGUAUUCAGAAGCGGUCAAGAUUUUCAGUGAGUUCAAUAUUAAACAAUAUUUAAGGAUAAAUUGUGUCGAACAGCGCAGGCCAAGAACGUUAUGGAUUGACCAACAACACCGAGAUCUUUAUCUAAGAACCCGAGGUUAAAUAUCUGUAUUCAACGAAUCGACUUAAUGUAAUUUUUCUUAGCAAACUCUUUCUCUUUCAUUUGUAUAAUGAAUCUGCAAGUUUUCAUUCUGUCUCCUUUAAUAAAUAGUUCAUCAUAAUUUG